AUGGUUAGAGUGCGUAUGAAAUUUGGUACACCUAUAUUUUCUCCAGCAGAUUAUGAUUAUAUUAUGCAAUGCCGUGAUAUAGAACCAAGAUAUAAAAUUUUAAAGGAUUUAUUAGAUAAAUAUAAAACAUCAUCAAAACGGAUUUAUCAGAUCUGGAGAGGGGAAGAAGCUAAUAGAGUUGCUUGGGAUCAACCUAUACCUUACCCACAAGAUAGUAAUUCUAAUCAAGAUAUUAAUUGUCUUGAGUCGGAGACCCAUGGCUUUGCCACUGACACUAGCUCCGCUAAUAAACCCGAUCCUACCAUAAAUGUUCUCCAUAUAGAAUCUCAACCUUUAGAUAGGGACAAAGUCCCAUUGCUUUGCAAUAAUGUACCAGUGGGACCAGCACAAUCAAGUAAGCGAACAAAAACAAAGAGAUCCAAAUCUGAUCGGGUAUUGAAUCCACCUGUCAUUUCCAAAGACUUAACAGAAAAAAUAGAUCCAGAAAAACUUGCUCAUUUUAGACAUACAGUAAAAGAAGGUAGGGAGGAAUUAGCAAAUUUGGAGUACAAGACCGAUGAAACAUAG